AUGCCUGGUGGCGGUGCUGUUCAUCUUGCGGCCACGACCGAUGUCGCCCGCGUCGAAGCACCCGUCACUCUCAGGGCCUACCUGAUGUGCGCCUUUGCGGCCUUCGGAGGGAUCUUCUUUGGGUACGACUCGGGAUACAUCAAUGGCGUCAUGGCAAUGAAGUACUUCGUCCAUGAGUUCACUGGCAAGCCGUAUCCUGGGCCAAAUGCCACCGCGGCAGAGAGCGCAUCUUUUGUCAUCCCUGCAUGGCGCCAGUCCCUGAUCGUAUCCAUCUUGUCUUGUGGGACAUUCUUUGGUGCAAUCAUUGCCGGUGACCUCGCCGACUUCAUCGGCCGUCGGACCACCAUCAUUGCCGGUUGCGUCGUGUUCUGUCUCGGUGCCGCCCUCCAGACUGCUUCCACAGCUUACGGUCUUCUCAUCGCCGGUCGUCUCAUAGCUGGGUUUGGUGUUGGUUUUGUGUCUGCCAUAAUCAUACUGUACAUGUCGGAAAUCUCGCCCCGUAAAGUCCGAGGUGCUAUUGUUUCCGGCUACCAGUUCUGCAUCACCCUCGGUCUCUUGUUGGCGUCGUGUGUUGUCUACGGCACGCAAGGCUUUACCGACUCCAGCUCAUACCGAAUCCCAAUUGCUCUUCAGAUGCUCUGGGCCAUCAUCUUGGCCACAGGACUGCUCACCUUGCCCGAAUCUCCACGUUACUUUGUCAAACGCGGCAACCUAGACAAAGCAACCACUGCUCUUGCCAGACUGCGGGGCCAGCCUCGCGAGUCUGAGAUGAUCCAGCAGGAGCUGGCAGAGAUCGUCGCAAAUCACGAGUAUGAACUGCGAGUCGUCCCCCAGGGGAGUUAUUUCGCGAGCUGGGCCAACUGCUUCAAAGGCAGCUUGUUCAAACCGAGCUCCAACCUGCGUCGGACGAUUUUGGGUACUUCUCUGCAGAUGAUGCAGCAAUGGACAGGAAUCAACUUCAUCUUUUACUUCGGCACAACUUUCUUUACUGAGCUCGGAACGAUUCAGAACCCCUUCUUGAUUUCUCUAAUCACUACCCUCGUGAAUGUUUGUUCGACACCACUGUCUUUCUGGAUCAUCGAGCGAUUUGGUCGGCGUUCGAUCAUGAUCUGGGGUGCUCUUGGGAUGGUGGUGUGCGAAUUCAUCGUUGCAAUUGCUGGAACUGCCGACGGUCACAAUCCGCAGACAGUCAAAGCCGAGAUUGCCUUCAUCUGCAUCUACAUCUUCUUUUUCGCAACUACUUGGGGACCCGGCGCCUGGGUUGUGAUCGGAGAAGUCUUUCCUCUCCCUAUCCGGUCACGCGGAGUCGGGCUGUCUACCGCCUCGAAUUGGCUCUGGAAUUGUAUCAUUGCCGUCAUCACACCGUACAUGGUAGGGCCCGACAAAGGCAACCUUGGGCCUAAGGUAUUCUUCAUCUGGGGUGCUCUGUGCCUGUGUUGCCUCGCGUAUGCCUAUUUUCUCAUUCCUGAGACCAAAGGCCUUACACUUGAACAAGUGGACCGCAUGCUGGAAGAGACAACACCGAGAACCUCGUCGCGAUGGACGCCGAAGACGACAUAUGCGGCAGAAAUGGGGGUGACCGAAGCGGGAGAACUCAAGUCAGAGGUUGUGGAGGGCGUUAUGCACAAGAGUUCUGCUGUUUGA